ACCGCCAUUUGCGUUUUGCAUGAAACCUCUAACCUCAAAACUCGACUUGAACUCCAUGUCAAACUGAAGAGCUUUCAAAGUGUUUUGAGAGAUUAUUUUCACCGCUGAAUGCUAGGAAUGGUAUAUAAUGAAACGCCAUGUGACAAAGACUGUCCGUUGAGAUCAUUCACGCUGAUUGUGGUCUCACAAUGAGAAAGAGCUAUUUGUAUAUGCGGUCUCCUAAUCCGUAAUAAUCAAUCUGAAUAAUUUGGCUACCUGGGCUGUGAACGUGAAAUCCCAACAAUCUUGGACGAUGUUCUGCUGUCUAAGAAACUGCUUCGAUGGUCUUGGUUUCGCUGCGACUCAAGCACCGAAGCGGGAACAAAAUCCCAUUGCCUUAGAUACAACUCAUAUGGGAAAUGAGGUAGUGAUAGUAAAAAAUGGUCUAAGAAUAUGUGGAAGUGGUGGUGCCUUGACGAACGCCCCUCUUGUCCAGAAUAAAAGUUAUUUCGAGGUGAAGAUACAACAAGGUGGUAUAUGGGGCAUCGGAUUAGCCAGGAGAGAGGCAGACCUCAAUAUCGUUGUAGGUGGGAAAGACUCUGAAAGCUGGGCACUUGAUUCCGAUGGUAUUAUAAGACACAACGAGCAAGAACUUUACAAGAUUCAAAAUCCUGUACAAGAAGGGGAUGUUAUUGGAGUAUCCUACGAUCACAUAGAGUUGAAUUUUUAUUUGAAUGGGGAAUCCAUGAAUGCUCCAAUUAUAGGUGUAAAAGGACGAAUUUACCCAGUGUUAUAUGUGGAUGAUGGAGCUAUUCUGGACUUAAUUCUAGAAAAUUUCAUCCAUACUCCGCCAAUGGGCUUCGAGAAAAUAAUGCUGGAACAAUCAUUGCUUUAGCAGAGCGAUACAAACAAAAGUAAAAUUGUUAUUGUCAAAACUGACAUUCCUCGUCCAAUUCAAGAUUUGUUAGAACAUUAGCCAAGUUAAAAAUUCAAGUUAAACGUAUUAAGAUAAAAGUGAUGUGAACAGGAAACUACAACAGUAUAGUAUUAAGAAACAAUGUCACAAACAUUUGUCAUAUGAUAAUUGCAUGAUAAUAUAUUUAAUCAUGAAGCAUGGAAUAAACGAUUUGCCUAACAAU